AUGGAGCUCAAAAGGAACCCAUGGCUCCGGUGGGCCUGGCCGAAUUCAGGCCGAAAGCCGAGUCCUUGCGCGCCGUCUGGUACUGGUGUGGCGAAAGACUCAUCCACUGGCGACAGUAGGGGAAGGCUCAAAGAAGUUGAACAGUAUGAGCAGUCGUCGCCAGGCCGCCAACGCUGGGAUGUUGAGGCCGCAGGUGUGAUCUCGUGCUUUCGGCGCUGCGCAGCAAACCUGCAAAAGACCUGGUGGCCCCGCCUGAACCGUGGUGUCCGCAUUGGUGCCAUCACUACACUAUCACUACACCUCUCGGUCUGCAAAACAUUGCCUUUGAUUGGCGGUAUGCCAGGGCAAGGUUGGUGCAUCAAUACGUACUCCCUCGCAUCGACUUCACUACCAGAACAGUCGGGAGCUGUGUUUUCGUGUUUCUGGGUGUGGGUCUUCACUCUCGCCUGCAUCGCCAUCAUGACAUUCAUCCUUUUCCCUGUGUUGACGUUUGGGGCUUCUCUCGGACGAUCGAUGUGCCUUCUUCUGUUCCUACUCAUCAUUUCGUGGCUUUCUAUCAUUCGCCUUCCCAUGACCUAUAGAGUGGCUCCCUUUGUUACCCACGUCAACACUCAUAGCAUGACUGGAUUUGCGUAUGUAUACCUUCCCUAUACAACGGCUGCUGUUAUCUUGGCUCAGCAGUACCGUGCCUUUGACACAGACUUGCAUACGGGUCUGAAGUUUAUCGCAUCGUACAAUGCUGGUGUCCUGGCGGCCUCCUUACUUGGCUGGGCCCUUUUCACGCUGCAGGUUGCGCUGCCUCCUUGGAGCAGCCAGCGCCACAACGUGCGUGUAGCGCUGAGUGGGAUAAUGCUAGACGUGCGAGAUAAUCUGGUGAACGUGGCAACUUUCUUCCGUGAACUUCGCCGCAGACUGCUAAUGAAAGAUCCCCGCGAUUUGGAAAUGAACUACAAGAAGUUAAAGGAAGCAUCGCAGACACUGCAACAGAGUUGUCAAAGCAUGUAUAGAGCAAUCGGGUUGCAGACAGAUCUUCGUGUCGCCGUUGUGGGCAGCAGCACGGAACCAUAUUUCAUGUAUCCAGGUCCCGGUGUGUUCCUUUUCCCUUUUUUCGCCCGCUGCCUCGAGGUCCUCAUUCACAACUGCAUGGCUAUAAUAACGCUUUCUCGGAACAUUUGCAUCAUCUCUCAGAACCUUGUACGAGUCCGAGUCGGGGCGAAUGAUGCUAUAGCAGAAAUUCUGCAGCGCAUAGAGCCGUUACUGAAUACGACAGUUCGUGCUUACAGUCUGUGCGCCACCCUCCUCCUUGUCCGUCCUUCCACCGUCAAGAGGGCAGCUUUUCGGGAAAAGGUUCGCCAAGGUCUCGAACAGCUUGACCAGAUCGAUGACCUGGUCGGAGACUCAUUUAGCCUUUUUCGCUCUCCCAGCAUGCAGCUGCCAACUAGACAGCUGACUGUUGGGGAUGAUGUUUCCGUUUGUCUACGGCGACUCGUCAGCCGCGCAUCGAUUGGUAGUAAUGCAAGCGCUGUAUCUGAUCAAAGUGGAGUAUUUUCUUCCUUCUCAUUCGUCGCUCCCGACGCGUCAGUUGAAUACCCGUCGUUCAUCGCGGGCUUCACUGGCUCCUACUGUCCACGCCCUGCUGGUGGUCAUACUGCCGGCGACCUUCAUGUGCCACGCAUUGCGGAUUACCGAGCAGCGUAUGCCCAUCCUUGUAGCUUGUUUCAACUGGAGCCUCCUCCGUAUGCCAGACAAGAGGCAUCUUCCCAGGCGAUCGCGUCGUCUAUCUCUAUCGGCCCAGCCGAUAGAGAUAGAGUGGUGGGGAGUCGACAACAAAAAACCACGGUUUCCCCAGGAGGCAGCUGCGUACCGUCCCACAGCUUUUGUUGCCAACCCGCCUCCGUCGGGGGAGUACAUACAAAUAACGUGGCUGCCCCCAUUGAGGAUGGUACCAAGUUGCGCCCGCCUGGCGGCUCUAUCGGCGUUACGCAGAGUGCGAAUGCAGCUGCGUGUUCAGAUCAAGAAAUGGCAAGGGACGUCAAUACUCGGAGCUACCAAACUCUUCAAACAUCUUCUGUGACCCCUUGUCAGAAGGGCUCUUCCCAAUCGCGCUCACGGCCAUUUGAAAAUGGAGUCGUUUCCGUUCCUGUAGACGGGGAGAUGCAAAAUCCGUUUGAUGGGACGGCGGCGGUGACGGGUGUAAACCCAUUUAGCUGCCGCGACACCGGGAAUGCUUCGGAAUUUGCAGGCGUGCCACGAAGGGGGUCCGGAACCGUCCAGGCCGAUGCCGAUGAGGUGCGAAGCCCGUCGCCCAUCAGAGCUGCAAGCGCAAGCUCACGCAGUGACUCCCUUGAAGCAGAGCCUUCAAGUUUCCGUAGCCCCUCCAGCAUUGACGUAGACGCCGUCCUGAAUGACAUCUGGAGCCGCAGUAGCAGCACGGAUGAUUUCAGUGAGUUUGUAGGACAACCUGGUGCCUCACCGGUUCCGCCGUUGCACAGCGAGAGAGAAAGGCAGGGACCCGGCUCCAAGCUGCGCAACGAGACUGCAGUGCCUAACGCAGUGGCGAGGGACGGAGAGCAAAACAUGGAUGCAGCAGGCGGCGUUGCCGGCUGGCCCUGGCUUGGCGAUUCUCACCAGUGGAACCCGUCACGCCCGACUAAAAAUCACUGCAAUCUCAAGGACCCUAACGUAUUGCUCGGAGCAACGGGUCAGAAGACUAGUGGCACCGUCAGUCAGAGUGUUGGCCUGGGUGCCGCGACGGAGGAAAUGCGGCAGGAGAUGAGGCUUUCGAAGUUGAUCGUGUCUCUGUACCAAAUUUGUGCCAUGGAUACUCAAGAGCUGUGCAGUACUGUAAGGGGGGCAUGCAUCGCUGUUCUCACACCAUCAUGGCCUGGUGCCCGACAAAAUCUGAGAAUGAUGACUCUGUCUCUAGCAAUGGUAUUCGUACAGCUUUAUGUCGGUCUUCGGAACCUCUUGCGCCCUGAUAACUGGAAGUGGCGAGGCAAGGACGCUUUUUACCGGGACGUAGAGGUCGUCCACAACAUUCGGCUCAUUGGAGGACUCGGAAUCCUAUUCGGGUUUUGCCUUUUUUAUGGAAAACACAUAGACCAUUUUCUCGGAGGCUUAACGGUUGCACACGGUCCGCAGACGGCGAAGCAGUGGGUGAUUCUCGGUUUCCUCUGCGCUCACAGCUUCACGUAUGAGGGAACCACGCAGAAAGGGUUCAAGCGUGCAGUGGGUACCCUGAUGGGAGGCCUCGUCGUGGAGGUCGUUCUAGUGGCAACGACGAGCUACUUCGCCGUCCUUGCUUUCGUGUUCGUCUCCAUCGCUGCAGCCGUUUUCGUAUUCGCGAGUCCCACUGACCCUGCAAGCGAAUAUGACCGCGAAUUCGGAUACAUCGGGCAGGUCUUCAUUUGGACUGUCACUUUCGUGCUCGACGUGAUAUGGACUUACGAAGGAACACUCCCGCAAGCAAAACUACGGGACACUGUCGUACGGAGCCGCAUAUUCGGGAAUCUAGUUGGAAUCUUCUUCUCGAUGGUCAUUGGCUUUGUACCUCCCGUUUUCAGCGCUGAGGUGGCCGCCCGAACGUACUGUGCUACGCUUCUGAAGACAUGUCGACGUUGCAUCGUGCUCAUAAAUGCAGCUUUCCUCAGCCUCACACGAACGAGUAAUUCCAGGGAGUCAGGCUCCGCGGGACAGGUGGUUGUGGGAUGCCGAUCCCCAUACCUGCAGAGUACAGAAGCCUCGUCUUUUUCCACGCCUACGUCACCAAUUACAGCGCCUAGCAGAACGCUUCAGUGGGCACGGCUGCUGAGGUUCGGUUGUCCUGGCAAGCGUUUAAGCAAACACGAGUGGCAUCGACGUCGACGAGAAAAACGGAAAGGCCCUCCUGAGUUCCACGACUACAUUCUUCAGGCAGAAGAAUUGCUGAGGCAUCGUACCACCCGCCUGCUUGUAGUGGCCCGCAUGCUGUACGACGAGGGCGCCUCGAGUCCGCAUUCGCCGUUCUGGAGAGUGGAGCCGGAUAUGGGAGAAGUCAUGAACAAAAUCGAGUACCUGAUAAUGUCUGUGGUAGACACGGUCGAUAGUUUAUGCCAUCUGGCAGUCACGGCUGAUCCAGACCUCGCCUUGUUCCUCUACGGGGGUCCCAUUGAGGGUCAUGCCUCAUCCCUCAAUGUGAUACAGCAGGAUAGACGCAACCUGGAGCUUCUGCUUCGCUGUCGGUCAGGUAACGCUCUCCAGUUGAAUCUUUUCCGGAUGGUAAAGGCGCAGUCAACAUGCUUUGCGUUGCUUGCGAAGGAGAUAACCGCUGCUGUGUUGAAGGUGGUUGACAGAAUCAUAGCCUGGGAGCCCUUCAGAGUCCGUGUGGCGAUGCCCCGCAAGUAUCUUGUUGCAGCGCAGGCAUAUGCUCGCGCGCGAUUCAGAGUUGAGCGGUACAACAGCCGCAUCUACGAAUGUUUGACUCUUUGUGGGAAGGAACUAAGCGAAGCGGGGACCUUCCGAAUGGACGAAUGGAAGGCAGCAAUUUUCAGUGUUCUUCUGAUCGUUGAGAAGUGCGACAACAGGAUAUAUUUCAUGGACGACCUUCACCGGUUUAUUGCGGCAAGCGCGACAAAGACAAUUUACAGGAAGCACGAUCCCGAAAAUAUCCGCGAGCUGGUUGUUGCAACCUCGUGUUUCGAGAGCCUUAGCAGUCUUCGGAGCACCAGCAUGCUUCACCACCACACGGUCAUUGGAUCUCGCCGGCCCAGUCAAGGGCGGGUUUCAAGGGUGGACAGUCACGGACAGCUAGAAGAGGUACCGUUGGUAGCAGACGAAUAA